AAGGCCGGCGCCUCCACCUCGACCCACCACCUCUUCCUUAGCUACCUUGACUUCACACGCACCACGUCCAGUCGUCUCCAACAUUAACUUCAGCUUCUCCAGCAUGGAUGGUACGAUCAUGAUCUGACGCUCAACACUCCUUUGCCGCGCACCUUGCCAACCAAUCGCGCUCGCAGCCAUGCUCACGACGACCCCUCGCCUCUACACGCGCCGACCGUCGCCCACCACCGCCGAGUUCACCGUCACCACCCUCCCCCCACCAACAAUCCCCUUGCGCAUUCUACGCGUCCUCCUGCUCGCGCUGCGCGUCGCUCUCGUCCUGCUCACGGCGCUCGCUCUCCACGCACGAUGGCUCAGCAGCCCCUACGCCCAGCCCUCUUUACCCUCAACAUGCCCCACGGGUGACGGCUGGUUCAGCAUGGAGGCGGUCUGGUACGCGCUCGACACGCUGCACAAGUCAAGCCUGGGACAGCUCGUGGGAGGCCUGGUAGAAAACGUGCCGCUCGUCGUCCUCCUCCCCGCGGCCGCGGCGCUCUGCUACCUGCUGGCGUUGCGGGUGCACACGACCGAGUCCCUCCUCGUGAUGCGCGGUCUCGGCGUGCAGACGAGCAGUUCGCCCGCGACGUACCUCGCCAGCGCCACCUCGCGCUUUAUACCGACGGAGAAGAUACGGGACAUUUUCGUCAAUGAGGCCUUUAGGGGGUUCGAGGUGCGGUACUAUCUGAUUGUCGUCGUCGAGGGGGAGGAGAAUGUCGUCGUCGUGUUCCCACGGCUGUUGCCGCGCAGGUCCAUUGUGGAAACGGUCUGGCGAGGCGCACGGGCGUGCUUGUACGAAAGCCGGGGCGGCGACACGACGGAGGAAAAGGGGUGACACGCUGGGGCCUUUGUUGUACUACGUCUUUGU